UGCUGUGUCGUGACUCAGAUGAUAGGUUAGUUUGUGGAUGUUUUAUGUAUGGAAAUGUGCGAUUUUAGCCCAUUUUAUGUGAAUAUAAGAAAAUCGCUUUUGAUAAUGUUUAUCUCGAGAACUGUUAUGUAUGUAUUUGAGAUAAGACUGAAAUUUCGAAGGAUGAAUAUCAAUCAAUAGAAAGGAGUGUUAAAAGGGAAUCAUGCAAUAAUGUCAGAAAUAAAAGGAGACGAAAAAGCGGCAAAAUUAGGAGACAGAUACGAAAUAUGGAUGUUAACCCAUUUCGCAAUCCGCUAUGUUCAGGAACAUGAAGAAAAUGAAGACUUUGAAAUAACGUUCAAUGCUAAAGAUCAUGGGAACUUAGACGACAUUGUCAUCAGGGAAAAGGAUAUGUUAACAUUAAUACAAUUGAAGCACAAGCAUGAUAAGUCUAGUAACAUUAAAAUCGAAUACGGCAAAUAUAAAAAUACAUAUAAUAAUAUUAUUUUGCCAAAAUAUAAAGAACAAAUUGAACAAGGACUUGGAAUUACAAUUAUUGCGUAUACAAACGCUAUAGUCUCUUGUCCCAAUUUUUUAAAGAAAAUUCCUUCAACAAAUUCAAGAUUAAACAAGUUCAGUUCUGGUAAAGGAGAAAUAUUUCAAUUAGAAUGUAACCAAACAGCAAAUGAAACUUCAAACUUUUUCGAAAAUUUGUACAUUUUCUCAGAGCAAGAAUCAGUUUCUGAUGAUGGUACAAAUAUGUUAUUAGAUAAUUUUAAAGGAAAACUAUACAAGGAACAAAUUCUAACAAUUUUCGACUAUUUCGAUCGAUCUGUGAUAGAACGAACUGAACCAUUUACCAAACAUGAAAUUAUCUCGAUUCUUAAUGAAUGUAUUUUAAAACCUGCCAUGAUAAUUAGUAAUAGCACCUACAAAUUCUUAUUAAACGAUUCGAUAAUUAAUUUAUUUGAAAAUGUAUGGAAAAAUAAUAACUUAUUAAUCAUUAACAAAAACUACGAACAAUUAUUUAUCAGUUUAAUCAAUAGUUGCAGAAUGAUUAAUCCGAAAUGUAACUAUAAAGAAUUAAUUCCGCAAAGUCACCUUGAUAUUCUAUUUAAUGAUACUGAUAUUAAACAAUAUUUAUUAAGAAAGAAACCACCUUUAACAUAUGAAGAUCUUUUGAUUGUACUUUGGCAAACCAAAAAUAGUCCAAUUAUGGUAGAUUAUAGAGAAUUCAAAGAGCAAAUUGACUACUCAAUAAAUAAUUCCAUGAAUCGAAAUGACGAAGGUCCCCUUAUCAUUGUGGUCGAUAAAUAUCCGGAAGAUUUACCAAAAAACGCUGUGAUAUUCAACAAUCUAUGUUUAUUUGAAAAUAUAAAUGUAGAAAUACAAAAACAAUUUUUGGAGAAGACCAAAAUGAAAAUGGGAAAUGACGAACGCACAUUAAAAUAUGUAAUUGGGGAAGAAGAGACAGCAAUUAAAAAAAUUACACCAAAAAUAUUAUUAUCCCUAUUAAAUAAUUCAUUAAAAAUUAAUAAUUCAACAGAAGAAGCUGCUCUGUAUUUGCCACGCAAAUUAAAUGUGAAUUUACUAACGAAAUCGUUAUUUGGGACACAUAAUUUUUUAUUUGUGAUACACGAUGAUGAUACCAAAAUGGAUCUCGAGAUGUUUCUUACCGAUCAAACUAAUUAUUCAGAUGUUGUGGUUGUUAAUUCAAAAUGGUCAACAAGGGAGACUAAAGAAAAAGCUAAUUCUAUUGAGAGAAACUUUUGUUGUUUGCGAAAAAUUGAAGACAAUUAUGCAAUUUACGCACAUAAAGGGCCAAUACAACAUUUCGAAAGAUAUUUAAAGGAAACUAAGUUGAAUGAAGAUGAGGUACUGAAAAAUAUAGAUCUGGUAAAUGUAAUUUCAGCGGAUGCUGGAAUGGGAAAGACAUAUUUAAUAGGACAGUUUGAAUGGAAACUAUUCGAAAUAGGAAAGUUACCCAUUUAUUUUAAUUUGUCAUUAACUUAUAAAGAAAUAAACAGACUUAAAAGAAAUAGAAAGACUUUUAUAAACUAUUUGGCAAAUAAGUUAGCAAGUAAUAAUAAGAAUGAAGAGUCAAAAAUUUUUUUUGAAACAGUAUUAGAACAUCACAUAAAGGAAAAAAAUGUUGUGUUGCUUUUAGAUGGAUUCGAUGAAGCGAAUUUAGAUUACAAAAUCAUUGAUUAUUUUUUAUCGUUGAAUUUAGAAGUCGUUAUAGCGACACGAACUCAUAAAUUACCGGCACUUCUUCAAAAUUGUGAAUGUUUGAAUUUUUCUUUAUUGAGUUUUACCCAAGAAGAUCAAAGGGAAUUCUUCAAACUCUCUUAUACAAGUGAAGAAGAUGAAAAAAUAUUAGAAAUGAUUGAAGUAUUGAAAAAUAAUAUUCAAGAAUCAUUGAUGGGCAUCCCAUUGCAAAUUAAACAUGUUGUUGAUAUUUUCCCCAAUAUAAAUGAUUUUCUUGAAGUCAAAGAUGAAAUCAACAUUUUGUUCCUUUACGAAACAUUUUUAACAAACCAUUUAAAUCAAUCUAGUGAGGGAAAUAAAUUACUUAUACAAAAACUUGCUUGCACUUUUCUAUUGGACUCCAAUUUAUUAAAAUAUUUGCCUACAAUUGACGAAGAUGAAUUAAAUGACACAAUAUUAGAUCUACAAAAUAACAAUAAAAAAAAUUUUAUUGUAACGGGUUUUGAUAAUAAUAUACCCAUAUUUGUACACAGAACAUAUGCUGAAUUCCUUUGUGCUAAAUAUUUAGCGCAAAGAAGAAAAUUGUCACCUGAAAUUUUCGAAGAAUUAUUAAAACAGGAAGAUUUAUUAAAAGUGAAAUAUUUUUUUGAUGUUAUUCUUUGUAGAAAUUUGAAGCUACCCUUUGCGUUAUUAAUGAAAAAUUCCAAAAAAAUAGAGAGUUGUUUGAAUAAUCAGGAAUAUUUGCAGGAACAAGAUAAAUUUGGACGAACUGCUCUUCAUAUUGUAUCGUCAUACGGACAUUAUCAUACACAAAUAUAUAAAAAGGAUUUACAAGAUAACGCAUUAACUUUACAUGUCAACAGAUAUUAUACAGAAUUUACUAUUUGUGAAAAAAUUCUACAUCAAUUAUUAAAUACAAUACAAACCAAUAACAUUCAGUACUCAAUAGACAGUUGGAAAAACAGUCCUUCCGAUUACGCUUCAAAAUCUCGUUCAUUUGAUUUUCUUGAACAACUAAUUUUAUAUUGGCCUGGGUGUUUCUCUUGUGAAGAUGAAAAAUCAGCAACUGAACUGAUGUUCAUUGAUGCGGUUUGUGAUUAUCCCAACAUAUUUAAUAUUUUAUAUAAUUGUAAAAAUUUUAAAAAAUUAAUAACUAACAAUCAUGAUUUUGAAAAUUUAGUUGCACAACAUCUUAAGUUAGAUGUUGGGAAUGUUAAAAAAUAUUCUUACGUAAAUACCUGCGCCCGAAAUGGAAGUGUAAAUAUGGUAAAAACAUUGUUGAAGAAAGAUUUAUUCAAAAUCAACGAACGAUACAAUUCUGGAGAAUCUAAAUUGACCGUUUUAGAAACUGCAGUUAUGAAAUGGAACGCAUUCGACAAAAACAAAAAAAAAUAUUUGUUAUUAAUUUCAAUGUUAAUUAGACAUAAUGCAAUAGAUAUUUCUCAGAAGGAACAUGAAGAAAAUAUUCUACACAAGUUAGCACAUAAAAUCGGACAUGAUACCAAUAAUAUAGUCAUAUCAGAUAUACCAAAAUUCCUUGACUCCCAUGAUCAAAGUUAUAUUAAUUCUAAGGAUAGUAACGGUAAAACUCCUUUAAUAAUAUCAAUUCAAGAUGCACAUUCAAGAGCUUCCACUGAAUUUAUUUCACUUCUACUGCAAUUCCAGGCAAAUCCAAAAUUUUUAGAUUGGAAUCAAAGAAAUAUUUGGCACUAUUUGAGUUUAAAUUGUAAUUUACAUGAUGAUGAUAAAUUAAAUGUAGCUACAGUUUUAACGGUUUGUUUUGGUGAUGAGCAAAAUGGAAUUGACGACGAAGAUAAAGAAGGAGUGACGCCAUUAAUGAUAGCUAUUCAAAAUUCAAGGAACGGUUCUUUAAUUAAAUAUAUGAUUGCGCAAGGUGCAAAUAUUUAUAAGAGAAAUAAGAAACGAGAAAAUAUUUGGCAAUAUAUAGGUUUUAACAAAAAAUUAAAUGAUAUGGGUAUAAAAUGUGUUGCCUCAAUGUUAUUAUCGUAUUUUAAUGGAGAUGAACAAAAUGGAAUUGAUGAAGAAAGUGACAAUGGAAGGAGGCCAUUAACAAACGCUAUUGUACAUGCUACAAAUGAUUCAAUAUAUUUGAUUAAAUUUUUAAUUGUACAUGGAGCUGAUGUUCACAAAAGAAACAAAAAAGGAUCAAAUAUGUGGCAUUAUUUAGGAUUUAAUCGUAAUUUGAAAGACCACGGCAUGAAAGCCCUCCUCCCAAUGUUAAUGUCUUAUUUUAAAGAAGAUCAACUAAAUGAAUUGGACAUUGAAAAUCAUAAUGGAAAAACUCCGUUGAUUAUUGCUGUAGAAGAAGCAAAAAAUGAUUCAAUAUAUUUAAUUCAAUUCUUUAUCGAAUGUGGCGUAAAUAUUUACAAGAAAUACAAAAAUGGAUUAUGUAUUUGGCAUUAUUUAUCGUUGAAUAAUUAUUUAAGCGCUAGCUUUAAAAUCAAAGUUGCUUCAAUGCUAUUGUCUUAUUUUGAUAUUCAUGAACAAACUGGUAUUGAUGAAGAAUGUGACAAAGGACACACGCCGUUAAUGUUUGCCAUUAAGACAGCUAGAAAUGAUUCGGCAAAUUUCAUUAAAUAUUACAUCGAACACGGAGCAAAUAUUUAUCAUAGAGAUAAAAUGGGAAGUAAUAUUUGGCAUUGUUUUGGCUUAAAUAGCAAUUUAAAUGAUCAAGGUUUAAAAAAUAUUACAUCAGUGUUAAUGUCUUAUUUUGGUGAUAAUCAUCAAAGUAAAAUAGAUGAGGAAAAUGAAAAUGGGAAAACACCAUUAUUGAAUGCUAUUUCAAAAGUCACCAAUAAUAAUUUGGUACAUCUAUUGAAAUAUUUAAUUGGACAAGGAGCAAAUAUACACAAGAAAACGAAAAUUGGUCAGAAUAUUUGGCAUUAUUUGGCCCUUAAUAAUUAUAUAAAUAAUGAAUGUAUAAAAAUCGUAGUGUCUGUGUUAAUGUCAAACAUUGGUGAUAACGAACCGAAUGGAAUUGGUGAUGAAAAUUUUCAGGGAGUAACACCAUUGAUGAUUGCUGUUCGUAACGCCAGAAAUGAUUCAGUAUAUUUAAUUCAAUAUUUCCUAGAACAUGGAGCAAAUAUUUAUAAGAAAAAUUAUCAAAGAGAAAAUAUUUGGCAUUAUUUAAUGAAGAAUUACAAUGAUAUAACAAAUGUGGAUUCUUUGUUCAACUUACUUUUUGGUAAAAAUGAACAAACUGGAAUUAAUGAUGAAGAUGAAAAUGGAGUCACACCAUUAAUAUCUGCAAUUGUAAAAGCUAAACAUUCAGUAUAUAAAAUAAAAUAUUUAAUUGAACGAGGGGCAGACAUUUACAAGAAAAAUUCAAUUGGAAGGAACAUAUGGCAUUAUUUAAGCACAAAUCAUAGAGAAAGUGAAGAAUGUAAAAUAAAAAUCGCCGAAAUAUUAAUAUCUUAUUCUAAUGAUAAUCAAGCUAAUGGAAUUGAUGAAGAAGAUGAAAACGGAGAAACACCUUUAAUGGUUGCCAUUCAUAAUGUCAGAAAUAGAAAUGUUCACUUGUUUCAAUACUUAAUUGAACAUGGAGCAAACAUUCACAAGAAGAAUAAAAUAGGAAGAAAUUGUUGGCACUAUUUUGCAUCCAAUACUAGUUUAAACGAGAAAACUUUAAAAAUCGUUAUCCCAAUAUUAAUGUCAUAUUUUCAUGAUGAACAAAAUGGAAUUAAUGAACAGGAUAACGAUGGAAAAACACCAUUAAUGUUAAUUGUUGAAAUGUCUAGAAAUAAUUCAUUAUAUUUAUUUCAAUAUUUAAUUAAACAUGGGGCAAAUAUUCAUAAAAAGGAUACAGAUGGACGAACUGUUCGGGAUUAUUUAAAUUCUAAUAAACAUCUGAAUAAUAAGAAUAGAAAAUAUAUUGAGAAUAUUUUAAAUGAGGAAUGUCACCAUACAAAGUAAUGCGUUUAUAGUUUUACACGUCAUCAUUAUAAAAUUAAUUUCUAAUAUUUGUACCGGGUCUAGGGCAAGGAAAAGGAUGACAAACUGAAUGAAGCAAAAUUUGUUCAUUUUAUUUAGGGUGAGUAGAUUUUGUUGUAUCGAAAAGAUUAUAUAUCAUACUCUCCAUAAAAUACAUACAUGUACUAUAUGUAUAUAUUUUAGUACGUACAUUUCGUACAUUUGGUCCCCGUAAUUAUAAAUGAUAUAAAAAUGUAUACUUCUUGUAAUUUAAAGUUUCCUAUCAUGAUUUAUCCUAAACGUUUAAAAUCUCUAAAAUACAUUAUUUUGUCAUAUAUUUUUGUUGUUUUAGUAUUUAUUAUUUGUAGUUAUACUUUGUAAUUAAAGUUUCGGUGAAAAAAAAAUUUAAAUCAUGGUGGAGUAAACGUUAUGGUUUAGGGCAGUGUUUCUUAACCUUUUUUGGCCCGCGGACCAGUAAAAUUAAAAAAAAAAAAAUUCGCGGACCAGUGAUAACAAAAUUUUACUAGGUAUUAAAGAACUACAACAUAAGUUAAUUGUAACAUUUUUAGUAUCAUUUAGUUACAAUAAUAUUUAAAUAUAAAUGUGGAUAGAACAAAUUGUCCAAAAUUGGUUAAAAGAUAAUCAUGUUGAAGUUCCAUUAGAUAUAAGCCAUCAAAUUUAGAAGAAUUGUGGUUAUUGUUCAAGCAAGAGCACGCAACAAAAUUUUUAAGUUAUAUAUAAAUUGUGUAAUAAAUAUAUAUUUUUAAAUGCAUGCUAUUUCUGUGACCAACUACACUGCGCAUUUAUGCACAUAUUUUAUUUAAUUUAAUUUAAUUUGAAAUUAUUUUAAUUUAUGUACAAACUGAAUAAUUGUAGACAUAAUAUAGUGUAAUUAUUUUAAAUAAAAUAUAAAAUAUGUUAAUUACAUUUA